CGCCCUCGGCCAGCCCCACCUCUGCCGGCCCGCCCUCGGCUCCCCACCGCGCCGAGGAGCGAUCCCGGGGACCCCACACUGGCGGGCACCGAGCGGAAGCCCCCCAACCAGCUCUAGCCGGGCGCCUCGAUGCCGGAGCCGAGCAGGGUUCCAGGCCUGAGGAAGAGAACCGUGCGCCUGCCUGCCCACCUCACUGCCUGGCCCUGCUGGUUUCCCGGGGUCUGAGACACGGGCCUUUCCUGCGGCGUGAACCCAGGGUGUUGCGACACCUGAAGGGAGUGAGGAGUGGGCGGUCCAGGCACCAGGGCAAGAGCCCUCUGGGGCCUUGGGCAGCAGAGUGAAACUGGAACCAUCAGGGAACAUGAGUGAAUUUUGGCACAAACUGGGCUGCUGUGUGGUAGAGAAACCCCAGCCGAAGAAGAAGAGGAGGCGGAUCGAUCGGACCAUGAUUGGGGAACCAAUGAAUUUUGUCCACCUGACUCACAUUGGCUCCGGGGAGAUGGGGGCCGGAGAUGGACUUGCCAUGACAGGCGCUGUUCAGGAGCAGAUGAGAUCCAAGGGAAACCGAGACAGGCCAUGGAGCAAUUCUAGGGGCUUGUAGCUCCAACAGGAAUGUUUUUGCUGUCUGAAGUCUCCACUCUGUGCCCAGCCCAGAAGAGAUGCUGCCUCCACCAGAUCCUCCGAGAACCAGUGUCCUCAAGGCCCCUUUUUUUCCUUAUCUGCCUGAUAGUGCCUCAAAAGGCUUGGGGGCUGGACUCCCCCCUCCCUCCUCUGGCUGUAGCCCCUCCUGGAGAUGGGGUCAAGGCAGCAGGACUGACCAAGUAACUACUGGUUGGCCAGAGGAGCUCAGCUGAAGCCCUGGACACUCUCAGAUCUGAAAUGGGAGUUUCUGGAAACCUGGAAUGAGUUCCCUCCUCCUGAAUGACAGUCUGGGUGCCACCUGUUUUUAAUCUAUUAGCCUGAACUCCUUAAAUGGCAGGUGGGUGAGGUUACCAAGCUGGAGCUGGCUUUGCUGAGAGCUCCCUACCUCUCUGCCCUUCUCCUUCCUUCUGGAAUGAACUGAAGCAGACCUCAAGCAGGGGCUGGGAGGGGGACCACUGCCUAGUCGACUCUCUUUAAAUCUCAGAUCUUAAGCUCACAGCCCUUCAAUAUCUCUCUGCCAAUACCAGCGUCUUUCUCUAGUUAGGCCUCUAACCCUGUUUCUGUAGCAUUGCUAGCUCCCCAGUAUCUUUCCUUUUUAAAAACUAAUUAAAAAGUAAAUUUAA